UGGUUUGAUUGACAGGUACUGAUGGUUUGAUUGACAGGUACUGAUGGUUUGAUUUAUAUGACGGAGAACUCUUGUGGAACUUCUGAAACAAUUUACCUUCAGUGGGGUCAAGGGGUCACUGCUGGGGGUCAAGAGGACAACGUUGAGGGUCAAGAGGUCAACGAUGGAGGUCAAGAGGUCAACGUUGGAGGUCAACUGAUUGAACCUCGUAGUGGUGAAUGUUUAUCAGUUCAAGGAAUCCCCGUUCGUGCCGCGAGUGUUAAGCCCCUUGUGUUGAUGCCUUGUAAUGCAAGUGAUAUACGCCAAUACUGGCUGUGUAAUAAACAUAGCGUUAGUGACCUCAUACUUGGUAUGCGAGGUACGAUUGAUUAUUACAUCACAUUAAACCACAACAAUGGGUUGAUUCAUACAUCACAAAACAAACUCGAUGGCUUGGAAUUUGUGUCGUACGAUGACAGGUCAAACCCAGUAGAAUUAGACGUAUGUCGUUUCCAAAACCGACAUUUUUCACAAAAAGUUUCCUGUUUGAGAUCGGCAGGUUGGAUUCCUGAUCCCUCACUUAUACAUUGUGAUGUCAUAAUGUGCCCGGAACCUCCCGGUUUAAAAAACGCCAAAAUGAAAGCAAGUGGCGAAUAUAGUUACGGAUCAGUGAUUCGAUACGAUUGCAACAUCGGGCACGAAUAUUUACGAGGAAGAUCGUCGUUUGAAUCGAGGUAG